AUGGAUGUUGAUAUUAAGGCAUUGGUUGAUUCAGAGCGAUAUAAGGCAACAGUAGAAGAAAUUGCUGACGCAAUAGAUAGUCAAAUUCAAGGAGUUCCUUUCGUACAACCUCAAUUAUGCACUUUUAUCGAUGAUGAAACAGCAAAGAAACUUCUUGAGAAAGAAACAAACGCAAACAAUGAACAGUGGGAAGUAUUAGAAAAUAUUUAUCAUGAAAUUAUCGAAGAUGUUUUACUUGCAGAAAUCGAAUUACAGCAAUUAGAUAUAAAAAAGGAUGAACUAUGGAAAGUUUUCUCAAAAUCUGCAUAUGCUAAACUUAUAGAUAAAUACGAGGUUUCAAUGCAUGAAGAAGCAACUUUCAUUGCGAAUAUGAAAAAUAAAAUUACAGAAAAAUCUAAUUUAGCGAUCGAUGAUGCCUGCAGACAAGUUGAAGUUUCAAAUAGGAAAUUCAAAAAAGAAUCAAAGGCGUUAACAGCACAGUUAUCCAAACUAGAACUAGAAUUAGACGAAGAAAGGGAUCAUCAAGAAGAUUAUUCAGAAGAAGAAUCAGAAGAUAUCGAUUUAGAUAAUGAGAUAGAAAAUGUUCGAGCAGAAGUAGCUGAUUUAACAGAACAAAGAGAUCAAUUAGAUAACGAGUGUGAAGAUCUGAAAAAGGAAAUUGAACAACUAAUGCAAGAUUUUGUUGCACUAGAUUCACGAUCUGUAGGGGCUAAUAUGCAAAAGCGCAAAACUCAUAAAAAAUAA